GCUCUUCCACGGGGCAGAAAACGCGCAGACGCUCCUUCCUUCGCCGCUCGGGACAAGUGCGACGGAGCGACUUUUUGCGCCAAUGGCUUCAGCCGCUAAACAAGCCGCGUCGCCGCGAAGCGGCUGGAAGUGUCACGGCUCCGGUUUCCAGGGCGCUCUGCCCACGGCCGCGUGUCUCCUGCUGUCCGUGGGCUCCAUCGCGACGUGCCUCCUCGCGAACUUCAGGACCGCGCAGCUGGAGCGCAGGGUGCACGCGCUCGAGCGGGAGCGGGCGGCGGCGCUGGCGCUCGAACCCGAGACGUCUGUGCGGGACGCCGCGGACGCGCUGCUGCGGGAGAAACUCAACAUGUUGGAGCCCAAACUGCGCACAGCGAGGGAGGCGCCGGCACACUGUUCCUGUCCUCCAGAAGGAAGGUUGGGCACAAUCACUAAAACUGUCCUUUUCAGUGCUGCGUUCCAGAGGAUCCUCUCGGGCCACCGGGAAAAAGAGGAAGAAAAGGAGAAGCCGGAUCUCCUGGCACGCCAGGACGGGAUGGGUAUCCGGGUCCUCUUGGAAUGGAUGGAAAGCCUGGACCCCCUGGCCAGAAAGGAAGUCAGGGACCACCGGGACAGAAAGGAGAUAAGGGUGACCAAGGAGACACCGGGCCAGAGGGACCCCCUGUCCAAGGUGCAUACGCAGGCCUUCUCAGUAACCAGAUUCUCACGGUCAAGGGCGAUCAAGGACAAGCUGGGCCUCCUGGUCCUCCCGGACCUCCCGGAAUCCCGGGUCAGAGAGGGCCCCCGGGCCACACAGGAAAGGAUGGGCCCCGGGGGCCACCUGGAGAGCCAGGUGAUGCUGGAAAUCCAGGGAUCCCUGGACCCCAAGGACCUCCAGGGUCAAAGGGGGAGGUGGGUCCUGCUGGUGACCAGGGGGAGAGAGGGAUGGAUGGUCUGCCAGGCCUGAAGGGAGAUAAAGGGGAAACUGGACAAAGAGGCCCUCAAGGGGACAGAG